UGUUAUUCAAUCACAAAUAAACCUUGAUGUUGUUAUUCAAAAUUAGCAAACACAACACAUCUUACCUGUAUUUUGUUGUAACUAUAGGCACAUAAUAUAUGUUCUAAAAAUGGAGUUUUCCUUAAGAAAAUCAAUAUCCUUCCCUCUAAAACGCAAUAGCUGUCAAAGCAUCCUUUCAUCUUCUCCAUCAUCCAUUAUAGGAGAACAUCAGCCUAUCCUUCCUCCUCCUCAUCAUCACCUCGACGACUACGACGACAAUGGUUCGGGUCAAGUAAUCGUCAAAAUAGACACCUCCGACGACAACCAAAGCAAAACAACCCUCAAUAAUGGUAAUAUCACCUCCUUGUAUUACAAGAAAGAAGAAGAGAGGAAAGUUGUACGUCCUCUCUCCUCCACCAUCACCAUGGCGGAGUUUUCCUUCAGAAGAACAACGGAGUUGUCGCCGGAGGAGUUAUUAAUGGGUAAGUUCUUAGAGCACGGAGAAUUAUCAGUGGAUAUUGACAUAGGUGACGACGUAGACAUGGAAGAUGAACAAAGACGUCAACAACAACAACAACAACAAAAUGUAAACCAAAAUCAUGAUAAUAUUAAUAAUCAUAGUAUUCGACGUCAAGUAUUACAAGGUCUUCCACCUUUACCUCCUGAUUGUUUGCCGAGGCAAAGUUUGAGUUAUCGAAGCGAUGUUCAAAGUCCUGAUGUUGUUAAUAGUAGUGGUAAAUUGGCCCACAUUUUGAACACCCAUAGCAAUAGUAAUAAUAGCAAUAAUAACUUAGAUGGUGGUUCAAGGGAGAUUCGGGUUUCGUUUCAGGAGUCAUUUAAUCCGGAGCAACACCAAAACAUGAGGCCGUCCUCGUCGGAUGAUGAUGAUGACGACGAUAAUGACAAUGACAAUGACAAUGACGCUUCCUUCUCCAAGGGGGGUGAUGGUAAUAAUGAUGAAGAAAUUGGGUCAACAAGAAAUAAUAUGGGAGGUGGUGGUGGUUUGCAUAAUGUUCAUAGGAGGAAAUCUAAUGCUAAUUUGAAGGACAAGGACAAGGACAAGGACAAGGACAAGGACAAAGAGAUGAUGAACAAUGUUAAUGGUAAUAAUAAUGAUUAUGGUAGAGGGGAUGAUCCCCAUGAGGUUCUAAGGUGCACAUCGAAUUCUUCGUCGAGGAAGUUGGGGAGUGCUGUUUCCAUAGCUAAGACAAGGUCUAGGCUUAUGGACCCUCCAGCUACUCCAUUUGAUCAACGGUCGGUUUCCGGGGUUAUACCAAAAUCAGGCCCAAUCAACAACAAUAAUUAUAACAAGUCUGGCUUGUUAAAAUCGUCGUUAGGUGAUGAUGAGGAGGAGGAUCCUUUCUUGGAGGAUGAUUUUCCUGAGGAGUUCAGGAGAGGACAAAUAAGUAGCAUAGUUAUUCUUGAAUGGGUAAGCCUUGUUAUUUUAACAGCUUGUUUAGUUUGUAGCCUUUUUAUUCCUGUUUUGAGGCAUAAAUCUAUAUGGAAGCUAAAGUUGUGGAAAUGGGAAGUUUUUGUCCUUUCCCUCAUUUCUGGGAGGUUGUUUUCUGGUUGGGUGAUUAAACUUCUUGUGUUCUUCAUUGAGAGGAAUUUCUUGCUACGAAAAAGGGUUUUGUACUUUGUUUAUGGGUUAAAGAAGGCUGUUCAAAAUGUUAUCUGGAUGGGUCUUCUUAUCUUAACUUGGGAAUGUAUAUUUGACGAUAAAGUUGAGACCCAAGCUACAAGUGAGCCUCUUAAGAUGGUGACUAAACUGUUGGUCAUAGGUGAAGUGGGUGCUGUUCUUUGGCUGUUGAAAACCUUAAUGGUUAAGGUUUGUGCAUCAACAUUCCAUGUGAACGCGUUCUUUGAUAGGAUUCAAGAAUCAUUGUUCAAUCAGUUUGUGAUUGAAACACUCUCAGCCCCUCCUUUGUUCGACUUAAGAAGUGCACAAGAAGAAGAAGAGAGGGCACUUGCUGAAGUACGAAUGCUCCAAAGUGCAGGGAUCAGUCUUCCUCCUGAACUAAAAUCAUCAGUGUUUGCAAGAACCAAAAGUGGGUUAUUGGGUUUGAAUAGUCAAGGCAGUAAGACUCUUCCUGUAACGCCGCCGUGCAUGAAGAGUCCGGUGAGACAGAGUGUACGGCUUUCAGGGCCGAUUGCUAAGAAGUAUAAUAACGACGAAGGGAUAACAAUUGAUCGUUUGCAUAGGCUAAACCAAAAAAAUGUGUCUGCUUGGAAUAUGAAGAGACUAAUAAGGAUUGUUAGACAUGGGUUUUUGACUACGCUAGAUGAACGUAUAGAGAAUACUAAUACGACCACUCAUGAAGAUGAGUCUGCAACACAAAUUAGGAGUGAGGUUGAGGCCAAAGCUGCUGCAAAGAAAAUAUUCCGCAAUGUUGCAAGACCAAGGUCUAGGUACAUUUACUGGAACGACCUUAUGCGAUUUAUGCAAGAAGAUGAAGCAUUUAAGACGAUUAGUCUAUUUGAAGGAGCUUCUGAAGUUGGGAGAAUAAGCAAGCCAGCACUGAAGAAUUGGGUGGUUAAUGCAUUCCGGGAACGAAGAGCAUUAGCUUUAACUCUGAGUGACACAAAAACAGCAGUUAACAAGCUUCACAAGAUGGUGGAUGUUUUAGUGAGCAUAAUUAUAAUUCUAAUUGCUGUUAUUGCGCUUAACAUCAUACCCUCAAAGUCCAUCUUAUUCUUAAGCUCUCAGCUUGUUGUUGUGGCUUUUGUCUUUGGCAACACUUGCAAGAAUGUCUUUGAAUCCAUCAUCUUCUUGUUUGUUAUUCAUCCCUUCGAUGUUGGUGAUCGUUGUGAGAUCGAUGGAGUUCAGAUGGUUGUUGAAGAGAUGAACAUUUUAACCACGGUUUUCUUAAGGUUUGACAACCAGAAGAUCAUAUAUCCAAACUACAUUCUUGUAUCAAAACCCAUCCAUAACUACUAUCGUAGCCCUGAUAUGGGUGACGCUGUGGAAUUCUGCCUUCAUAUUGCUACUCCUACAGAGAAAAUUGCUCUUUUUAGGCAGAGAUUAACCAGUUACAUCGUGAACAAGAAGGAACACUGGUAUCCAGACCCGAUGAUAGUUCUAAAAGAUGCAGAAAGUUUGUAUAUGUUAAGAAUAGCAGUGUGGGUGACACAUAGAAUGAACCAUCAAGACAUGGGAGAAAGGUGGGUAAGGCGCGGAAUUUUGAUAGAAGAAUGUGUGAAAAUUUUCAGGGAAUUUGAUAUUGAUUACCGUAUUUAUCCUGUAAAUGUUAAUGUUAAUUCCAUGCCGUCUGUUUGUUUCCCUCCCUCUAACUUGGGUGCUGAUCCAUUCGUUGCUGAAGGCACUAAGGAGGUAACUCACCAUUGAACAAGUCCAUAGAAUCAUAUCAUUUGUGGCAGGCAUCAUUUGCUAUGUGUAAUCUUGGGUAGAAAUACUUUUUUUUUAACAAUGUUUAAUCCUCUGUGCUGUACUGCUGUACUGUCCUGUACUGUCCUGUCCUGUCCUCCCUUUAAUUGAGAAGAGCUUUUAUUCAA